AAAAUUCCCGCGUUGACAUUGCGACGCUAGAAUUAGUUUUUGUGAGUUUAAAUAAAUUUUUUAACCAAUCUUAAUAAACGGUUUUAAAAUGAACGAAAUAAUAGAACAAGUGCAACGUGGGGACUUCGAUCCCAUCAAAUUGUUUACAGACUACAGGACUGAGAUUUUUAAGGUGAAAACAGCAGUUAAGGAUUUUACAASUAAUUUACCCAAAGAGUUGUGUGUUAAUCUUUUUGUAACAAAAAUUGUACCCGCUGUAUUUGAUGAAAAUGUAGAUAAUUCCCUUAGAGAUGAACUGAUUGAGGUUGGUUUUCAUUUCCUCCAGUUUAUUAAUGUUACUAAGUUAGAUACCAAAGAACAAGAUAAAGUAUUUAGUGAAAUCGAAGAYACGUACACAAAAGUUGUUGGUGAGUUGAGAGACAGUGACUACCCCAAUUGGGACAAGCUCUGGAUAUUUUUAAUCAAGUUAUGUAGUGAGAAGCUUCAUUCAAGACUAAGCACUACUAAUAGACUUUUGAGACUAGUUGAAGUUGCUUUUCGCAACUCCUCUACAGAACAGAGAUUAAAAGCUUAUGAUUGUUGGAUAGAAUUAAUAAARAAUAGUAGUCUAAACAUGGAAUACCUUUGCGGUGGGAAACAGAUUAAGUUGCUAGUGACACCCAUGAAGGCAAAAUUUGCUAGAACGCCUACUGUUAUAGUAAAACGUUGUGAUACUUUCAUCUAUUUGUUGGAAAAAUUGCAAGAUAAAGCAACCUUAUGUUUGAAAGAAUUUCUAGAAUUUUGUUUUGAACCAUUUGAUGAGAAAAAUGAUUCUGAAAAGACAAGACAGGGAAGAAGUGUUCCAGAAGUUUGCUGUAAAGGUACCAAAGUGUUGCUUGAAAUUUUGGGUCAUUCACACGAUCCUCUGGUAAAGUGUUUGAAGAGUGACGAAUUUCAGCUGGUUAAACCGUUAGUUACCAACGAUAAUUUUCACAAUUUUGCGGAAAUUUUAAUUAAUUCUGUUAUGGAAUGUUGUACUUUACUCCACAAUUGUAAACAAGAGAAGUCUAUUAUUGGCGUCAUUAUUCAGUGCCUUUGGAAAUCACUUCUUCGACUAAUUCAUCAAAGUAGCGAUGAUGUAAAGGAGAAGUGUUGCAGACAAAUCAAUAAUUUAUUGAGAAAGUCGCUUGAAAGUACCGCACAGAACGAUUUUUUAUAUUUAGUUCUAGGAAACGUAGUAGUGCUACUAGUCCGUGACAGACUCAUAGACGAGUUCAGAGACAUGCUUUUUGCAGUAGCGAUACAUUUGUUAUGGAUGAUCAAUUUUCAGACUUGCACUUUUUUAGAAAUCUACAUUUUGAAAUUCGUCCACUCCUGUUUGAACGCUGAAAACUCCAGCAAAUUUCACAACAUGGUUUCUAAUUAUUUCAAAAGCGACACAGAAUGUGCAAAUCCAAACCACCUAAGCAGUAUUUGGUGCAAAAUUUUAGUCUCAUUUGAAGAUUUUCGUUGUUUAAUCUGGCCUGUCCGUUAUCUUCACGAAUUUAAAGAUGCAACAAGCGUCAAAUCGAAGUGGGUCAAAUUGUUCGAAUGUAAGCCAGAAAAUGUGAAAAUUAUUUUUCUCCAAAAGCUUGCGAAACUCUUCCUAGAUAAUCAGACACUUGGCUCUAAUAUAGUGGAAUUUUUAGAACUGAUUUCGUCAGCGGAAACCAAUCCCACCAAGGAUUUUGUGGCAAAAUUAAUGAAACUUGUUGAGCUAAUCCUUAAUUUGCCCGAUUUAUCCAAAAGUGAUGUUAAGAAGUUAAGCUCAACGAUUCUGUUUUAUUGCCACCAAAAUUUGUACUUUUAUAAGUGUGAAGGUAACGACGAGGCUAUUAACAAGUUGUGUAGCUGUUUAGAGAAUAUUAUCACAAUUCAUAAGGAGUAUUCGGUUUUGGACGAAUUGGCCACUCAUUUGAAAAACAGCCAAACGAAAAUUUUGGUGAAGUUCUCUAAACGUCUAAUUCCAUUUUUCGAAACACUCAUGUUAAACGAUGACAACACAAUUGUUAAUAGUGCAAGACAGUUAAUUGAGUUGCUGGAAAUAAAAGAAAACGAACGAGAUCCAUUUAUGAAGUGUACUCGAUCUUUGCGAAUAAUCAACAUGGCUAAUGUUACCCCAAAAGCGAAAAAAUUAGGAAACCAAUCCAAUGUUUUUAAGACCUUGCCGCUAACAUCAAAAAGUAAAGUAUCUCCGCUUAGAGGGAAGAAAAAAGGACCAAUUCUAUCCAUAAAUGAAGACAGUUCUUCCGAUUAUGUCAAAAUUGAUACAAAAGUUAAACUCGAUUUGGAUAAUCUGAACGAACAUCAGAAAGAAAUGUUGUCAAGAAGAAGAGACGACAUACCUGCCUUAUAUGAAGAUUUGACUCGAAGUCAAAGUCAAGAUUUCUUCAAGAUAAAGGAGGCAGAAAGCCCUUCCAUGAAAGAUAAACGGUCAGAUGACGAAACAGAAACACAGACCCUUGAUAUUUUGAAGGAAAUGAAGGAAGAAACGUCUUUAAAUUCCUUCGCUUCCGAAUUAAGUAGUCUGUUUGAUAGAGAGAAAAAAAUUGAAAGUAAUGAAACUGAACCAAAGGCGUCACCGAAGACAGUAYAAAAAGUAACUAAAAUUCGUAGGGUUGCUAAACCAAAAAAACUACGACAUAAACUUUACAACGCCGUGAAAAAACAACUAGAAAAAUCGGAAACAACGAAAGUAAAUCAGAACGGCAUACAAAGUAAUGAAGAUAAUUCCGAGGUGGUUGAUGAAAUCAUCCAAAACACCGAAGAAACAUCGAUUCGUAAAAGCAAGCGACAAAUCAAGACACGCAAACUAGAUUUUUUUCAAACGACAUCCAUGCAUAUGAAAAGAGAAAAAAGGAGUUUGGAUGAUUUGUUGGCGCUAGUGGACAAACGAGUCGAAAAUUCCCGAAAAAAUGAAGAAGGCAAAACUGACGCACAAGACAACCAAAACAAAAUACCGAUAAUAACAAUUCAAAAACUUGUGCGGAGUUCCAGGACGCGGAAAAAUCCAAAACCCAUGAAUAAACCCACUUUUAAGAUAAAACUGCAAAAAAAGAAAACACUUUUCGCGAAAAAACAACAAAUAAAAACCGAAAUCCCUAAAGACAAGUCUGACGACGUUUAUGAAUUUAAAACCGAGGAGGAUGCUCCGUCAGCAAAACCGAAAAAACCGGUAAAAAGGGUAAAAAAAGGACUUUGCUUGGACCAAAGUGAUUAUAUCAAGAAACGUAAAAAAAUAAUCAAAAAAGAAAUCUCUCAUAUCACGGCGGAAACUACCGCGAGUUCUUCCCCGGUUGUGAAUAGUCAAAAUCCGGUUCCGACAAGUAGUUGUUCGACUCCGGUUUCAACUAGCAACAGUUCACUUCCAACUCCGGUUUUGAACUAUAGUUCAGUUGUGACAGAUAGAUGUUCGCCUCCGGAUUUGACUGAUAAAAAUUUGGUUUCGACAAGUAGUAGUCCGACUCCGGUUUCACCAGUUCGGACAAGUAGAUGUCGGACGCCGGUUUUGAAUAGUAAAAGUUCGGUUCCGUCAAAGAGAUGUCCGACUCCGGUUGUGACUGAUAAAAAUMUGGUUUCGACAAGUAGUAGUCCGACUCCGGUUUCARCAGUUCGGACAAGUAGAUGUCGGACUCCGGUUUUGAACAGUAAAUGUCCGGUUACGACAAAUAGAAGCCCGACUCCGAUUUUGACUGAUAAAAGUUCUGUUCCGACUCCGGUUUCAGCUAGUAAAAGUUCAGUUCYGAAACGUAGAUGUCCGACCUCGGUUUUAACAAAAAAAAGUUCGGUUCCGACAAUUAGUAGUUCGACUAGUAAAAGUUCAGUUUCGACAACUAGAUCUCCGACUCCGAUUCCAACUGAUAAAAGUUUGGUUCCGACAAGUAAUAAUCCGACUCCGGUUUCAACCAAUCAGAGUUCUGUUUUGAUAAACACAUGUUUGACACCAAAUUCAACCAAUGUAAAUCCGGGUCCGACAAGUAGUAGUCCACCUUCACUGAUUCCUUUAACCUGUAAAAGUCCUACUCCAACAAGCAAAAGUCCUUCUCCGGAAUCGAAAAAUAAAACUCUUACUGUAGUAAUCACACCUUUAAAUCAAAGUAAAGAGUCAAAUGAAAGUAUUGAAAUCGGUGAAACUUCUGAUUCAACACCCCUGCCUUCGCGAAGAUCWCGUCGUAAACAAUCUUUCGAGAAUAUCAGAUCUCUUGAAGACGUUAUUGAGAGUUCGCAAGCUUCUCAGAAUAAUCAUUCAACUAGACUACAYUCGCGAUAUCGCCUAAAUCGUAAUUUAAAACAACAGACGAUUGAUGAAGUUCUCACAACCCCCAGUAAACCUAAAUCGCAUUCAGAGCAAACCAACAAAAAUAAAAAUAAUCAAUCACUGUGUGAAAGCACUCCUAAAAAUGUCAAACCAAUAGUACUCCGAAAACGCAGCAAAUCGUUGGAUAACGUCGAUGAGAUGAUCACCAAAGUGACUUUUACAGAAGAAGUUAAGAUUAAUGACACUUCCGCCGACACGCUGACUCUAGAAUCUGUUAAAGCCGAUGAGAAAACCCCYCCGGAACAAGAGCAAAUCCAGCAGGCUGAUACUCUGACUCUAAGUCCGGUUAAAUCGCAAACKACCGARGAUUUACCUGGAUCACCGGUCACGUGUGACACUCCGGAUCGUACGAACGAAUUUUUGAACAGUACUUCAGACAUUUCUCCGAUUAGUAUCGAACAGGAGGAGGCRCCAUCAACGCCCAAACCGAGUCAAGUGCCGAAUAUGCGAUCUGCACGAUUGCUACGAAUGGCUAAUUCGAACGUACAAGUUCCGAAUUCGAAUCGGAGAUGGUUCGGAAAUAAGCAUUCGUCGCCGAGUGUGAGCCGAGUGUGCAAGAUGAAAAUGCGAAAAGAGGAGACUUUGGAUAUUUUGACUUUUUCGCGGGAAGUACCGAGUCCGUUAACAGUUCCUGCUAGUGGGAUUUUGAAGCGGAAGAAUGAAAACGUCGAUGAAGUGGCACCAGCCCCUAAGCGCAAGCGGGUUAAUUUCUCCGAUCCGGCUAUAACCGAAAAGAAGAUUUUUAUCCGCGAGUCGGAAGAGUUCGAGGAUGAUCAAAAUGACAAAGACAAUACUGAUAAUGUGGACGAAGAGUUGGAAAAGAAACCGGAAGCAAGUGCUCUUGAUCGUGAAGGUUUGCGCUUUAGUUUUACAGAUUUCUGGGAUUCAAAUUUUGAAGAUACUAGCAAAGGCAAACAAGCACUUCAGCUUCUUAUACAAAAAUUAAAAGUUCCUGACAUUGUGGAAGUGAUUUCCCCAGAUGAGAUUAAUGACCAAUUGCUUAUAACGAAUUUACUUGAUAAAGCAAGAAAUAAUAAAAUUGCUAAUCAGGAAUUAAUAGAAAAGCAGAUUCAUGACCAGGUYGCUAAAUUUGAUUGUGAUAGCAUGAAAAAGCUCAUUAAAAGUUAUUUUGRGAAUAUAGAAGGCGACAAUAGGAAUAGGUUUAUAAUUGAUUUGAUAAGAUUAGCCAGCAAUGAAUUUGUAUAAUCAAUAUGUGUACUUUACURGAAAUAUUUGGAUUCUGUUUCAUAUAUUUAAUAAAACUUUUAAUUCAA